GAAAGAUCUUCGAUCACGCUAUUGCCCAUCCGUAUCUCCAUCUUGUUUGUUUCAUCAGUUGUGGGACGCAUACAAAAGAAGAGUGGUUUGUGCUGUUUCAAAGUUUCCUUAUUUUGUAAAAUUCCUGUUUCGGGUAUACCUGUAAGCACCGCUUAUUUCGACGAAAAGUCAGGUAUCAUGUCUCACGGUGGUAGAAACGAAUGUAGGAUAUACGUGGGAAAUUUACCGCCGGACAUCCGAACGAAGGACAUCCAAGAUCUCUUCUACAAGUUCGGUAAAGUUACUUUCGUUGACUUGAAAAAUCGUCGAGGACCGCCGUUCGCUUUCGUUGAAUUUGACGAUCCGAGAGACGCAGAAGAUGCAGUACACGCCAGAGAUGGUUAUGAUUAUGACGGUUAUAGAUUAAGAGUCGAAUUCCCGCGUGGCGGUGGUCCCAGCAAUAACUUUCGCGGUGGACGCGGUGGAGCUGGGGAUAGCGGUAGGGGCGGACGUGGUGAAAUGAGUAACUCCCGCGGCCGCGGUCCCCCUGCGCGACGAUCGCAAUACAGAGUACUCGUUACUGGCCUGCCACCAUCUGGCAGUUGGCAGGACCUCAAAGAUCAUAUGCGCGAAGCCGGUGAUGUAUGCUUUGCCGAUGUUUAUAAAGAUGGUACUGGUGUUGUCGAAUUUUUGAGGCAUGAUGACAUGAAGUACGCCGUGAAGAAGUUAGAUGAUUCACGAUUUAGAUCACAUGAGGGUGAAGUAUCUUACAUUCGUGUAAAAGAAGACCAUAGCGGUGGCGAUAGAGGACGCAGCGAAGACAGAGAGAGGGGCCGUAGCCGUUCGCGAAGCUACAGUCCGCGGCGUCGUGGUUCUCCUACUUACUCCCCACUGCGGCGUAAUUACUCGCGAUCAAGAUCUCGCUCCAGAUCUCGUUCAUACGACUAGUGUAUGAGAAUGAAAAUAGCGAAAUGGGAUACUUUCAAGAGGAAAUUCAGGAUCAGGAGAGGAGUCCCAUUCAAGGAUUCUCAAUUAGCUGGAUUUACUCUGGAUUAGCUGGAUCAGGAAACGUUGGCAAGUCCAUUACGAGGAGGCGAAAUAAUCAUUGAUAUUUCUUUUUUAAUCUAGUAGAAUCCCAGUUUGAAGUUAAAUAUUUUCGUGUGCUUCAAAAGGAAGCGUAGCAAGAGUGGAACUGUCUCAUUGUACGUGUUACGUGCUUAUCUGGAUUGCUUGUUAAAGUGCUUCGAACGUAUCAUAUUAUCGUAAUAUUGAUUCAAAGAAACAUAGUCCGCGUUUGUUCAUUUACUUACAAUAUAAACAGUCAAACUAGUAAUGGAUUGUCAACUGCACGGAUUCUGUUGGACGCAAUUCCGUUUAUAUAGUUACGAAGUUUAGUGAAGAUUCAUUUUCAAUCAUUGAGGACAGAUUUUUCACACGAUGUUUAUCCUCUUUUUCUUUGUUUUUUUAUUGGACAUAUCAACGUCAAUACUAGAUUCGAUUUCGUCAAUCAUCACGUACGAAAGAAGUACUUGUAGUGUUAAUUUCAAAAGGUGGAAGUGAUAAAUGAUGAUUUUUCGGGAAAAGACUGUCGCGCGCUUCUGCAGAUUGAUAUCGAUACAAUCGAUGAUAUCGGUGAUUUACAAUCUGAUUGCCAGGAAAAAAAAACGUGUCCACCGAUAACUGCGGCCGUUUUUCUCGACCGGAUUUUCGUGAUCAUCAAGUGCAUCUUUUUGUCGCGUAUGCUAUAAAAAGAAAAAAAAUCUACAGUGCGAAUCUUCAGGAUUUAACUGACAUUAACAAGAGGAUUUGUCGGGAACGGACGCCAUAGUUUUAAUGGAACUCAAUACGAGCGGUGGACGGACAGAAUAUUCCGGAUACGUUUGGAUUAGGACAGGCUGGCAGGAUUCGGAGCGGGAUAAAUUAUAGUAUGCAUGGACGGAUGUUUUUGGAUACGGAUAACAAAAUUGCCUACACCGGAUCAUGUCGAGCGGAUCACUCAGAUUCACUUAAGUGGACGAUAUUGCAUAUGCAAUGUGGAAGGACGUGUGGAUUUGGAUUUCAAGUAUUAUGUCAAUUAAGCCAUGCAGCCGAGCAUGAUGUCGUUCGCGCUUCAUAGGGUUCACGGGAAUAUCUCUACUAGGUCGGAUACGGAAUUUGGACUCGUCUUUAGCGAGACAAGAUAAUCGGACAGCGCUUGUUUUUCUCACGGAAAGAUGUGAAAAUGACGGAUGAGAUGAUGGCUUGCUUUAAGGUAUUUGCAAACAGUUUUCAUACCUGAGAUAUUUAUUCGAUAUUUGUUUCUGCAUGCUCUCUUCGAGAAGGUUCUUACAUUCGUAUUUUCAUUUUUGUCACUUACAAGGCAACUUAGUUACACGCAAUACAGCCUUCCUCGGAAAGGCCUGAAACAUGUGUUUGCAUUAAUAAUCGAUCUCCCCUUCCUGUGUCCAGCUUCAUUCACAUUACCAUGGAACCUGUCGCGCGUAGCACAAGGCAGGCUCUAUAACAAUAGCAAUUCAAUUGGUUGAUAACAGUUCUGUCUUUUCUGUUUUCUGAACAUCACGAGUAUGUAUUUUUUUUAAAUGUUUUAUGUCAUUUCUAUUAUUAUCACAUGAUUGUUAUGCGAACGAUGUAAUUAUGCGAACAAUAAGGAGAAUGAAUAGCGUCAGAUUUACAUGGUGCGUAUUUUAUCCACGAAUACUUGAAUAUACAAUUGUGAAAAUUGAUAACAGCAAUCCCCCUUUGGCGCUUAUUUAACUAUAUAUUACACGUACAAGUUUAUUAUCUGCUAAUUUCUUUAUUAUUCUGUGCAUUGUACAUGUAUAUGAAUAAUGCGUUACAUCGCAAGAAUAUCGCAACUGGACUAAAUAACGCGCGGAUAAUCGCUUCAUUCACUUUGAAUAAAAUUGUUUUGUCUUAUUGCUUUCUCGCAAUUAUUUUCUUAACGCAGUACCGGGCGUUGCCAAAUGUUAAAUUGGUAAAUCGAAUGAGCAGAAAUAAAUACGUGUGAAGUGCAAAUA